UGUGUAAUGUCACAAAGUGAUGGCCGUCGGAAAAUGACGUCCCCGUAGUUUUCCGAAACACUAAAGCUACCGUUUCGCUCACCGUCAAGCGGUUGUCAAGCGCUCGUCUCGGCCCCACGGUUGGCUUUUCCUCGCCGUGUCCGAGCUGUGUGGCGCGGUGUGGCACCCCCCUCCCGACCCCUCCCGCCAGCCCCGCGGGCAGCGGUUCAUCCGCGGCGAUGAGCUCGCCAGUAUAAGUGCCUUUAAGAAGAGAUCCUCAGCUUGAAGUUGCAGGAAAGCUUGUUUUUCCUGUGGGGCCGCCACUUUGCACACCAUCAAAGGAGGAUAAUGGUCUAAAAAAGCAACUGGUCUCACAUAGUUUCCAAAGAAAAGCCAACGAGUGGUAGUGUAUGACGGAUGGGCGAUCUCCAAGCUCAGUGACCUUCAUUCUGAUCCCUCUCACUCCGGCUCAUGGAGGACUCAUCAGCUUGUUUUAGGAGAGGACUGUGAUCGGCCUUCCGCUUUCUGCACCUCGAUUGUCUUAUAAUAAACAGUUUAUGAUCAAAAACCUUUGACGACAUGGCGUCGGGGAGAGACACAAAAUGGCUGACCCUGGAAGUGUGUCGCCAGUUUCAGCGAGGAAACUGUUCACGCAGCAACGAGGAGUGCAAAUUUGCUCACCCGCCAAAGAGCUGCCAAGUGGAAAAUGGGAGGGUCAUCGCCUGCUUUGACUCGCUAAAAGGCCGAUGCUCGAGAGAGAACUGCAAGUACCUUCAUCCUCCUUCACACUUAAAGACCCAGUUGGAAAUAAACGGGCGCAACAAUCUCAUUCAGCAGAAGACAGCAGCUGCAGUGCUCGCCCAGCAGAUGCAGAUUAUGAUCCCUACAGCCAGCCUGCAGUCUGUGGGUCUUGGCACUAACACUGGUCUCGGCUACGGUUCCUACUUGACACCUCUGAGCCACGGGAUGGGCCUGCUUUCCACAGACAUCCUCCCGAGCAGCCAGGUUCUGGUUUCAGGGAGCCAACCUGUCACUGUCCAGAGCUCGCCUUCUUCUUCACCCUCGCAGAAGCUCCAGCGCACUGACAAACUGGAGGUGUGUCGGGAGUUCCAGCGGGGGACCUGUGCUCGGGGGGAGACCGACUGCCGCUUCGCCCACCCUAGCGACAGCCCCAUGAUCGACACCGUCGACAACACCGUCACCGUUUGCAUGGACUACAUCAAGAGUCGGUGCAGCCGCGACAAGUGCAAGUAUUUUCACCCGCCUGCGCACUUGCAGGCCAAAAUUAAGUCCGGUCAACAUCAGACAGCCAUGGCGGCCCAGGCCACAGCUGCAGCCGUGACUCAGUCGACUGCCAAAGCAAUGAAGCGACCCCUCGAGGCAACUGUAGACCUGGGCUUCCCGCACAGCAUCCUGCAACCGCUACCAAAGAGAGCAGCUCUGGAGAAGAGCAACUGGGCCAGCUCGCUGCUCACCCCCAGUUUGCUGCACUACCAACAGGCUCUAGCCAACACGCAGCUGCAGCAGCCCACGGCUGCAUUCUACCCUGCAGGGUCUGUUUUGUGUAUGACUCCAUCGAACAGCGUCGAUUAUUCUCAAGUAACCACCAGAAACAGGACUGAGUGCCACAAAGAUCCAGAGCAGCCCAUCUGUACAUACCGUGUUCACGGCGCUCGUUGCCUGCAGCAAGCUGCAUGCUGAUGAAGCAUCACCAGUGGAGUACAUCACCACAUACAGUACGGUAUCCCAUUAAGGAUUGUACGUGUCACACAACAAGACCCUAUGCAUGGACAUGCUGUACAUGCCUUUGCAACUGUAAAUCAUCCGCGUUGUAUUCAUUCCCGAAGCAACUGGGGGAAAAGUAACAUAACAUAGUCAGAACCAUAUAAACAGGAACGUACUGACAGAUUCUAACAGAUAGAAAUGUUAGCUGACAUUGUAAUGAUGUAAAUAGUCAUGUUGGGUGUGUGUACAUCAUGGCAGUGUCCAUUGUAAAGGGGUAACAACCAUGUUAGAGAUUGUUCACUUUCUUGAAUGCGUCGUUUCUUUGUAACAGUAAUGAUUGUUUGACCUUGUGCCAGAUUCAAUUGUUUUAUUAGCGACUAGCGAAAAGCACUUAUUUUAAAUUAUAUCAAGAUGGCCCUCAGUGUACAGGCUUUUAUCCACAGUGAGCAGUGCUCCUCCACCUGGUGUGCCUUUGCAUUGCAUUGAAAGUCUGUUAGCCGGUGUCGACCCAAUCAAAUGUGCUUUCUAAGGGAACACAUUCAACCCCCCCACCCCCAAAAUAAGAUAUUUAAAAUUGAAUGAUCGGUCAGAAUUAUAGGCAUUUUCCAUAAGCGUUAGUUUAUUCAAUGUAUAUUCAAACUGAAGCGUGAUCUACGAGGACUGAACUGUUAUUGUAACUGUUCAGUCUUAUUUGAAUGUUACAAGUGCCUAAAGAGUUGUCAUAUUUAAGGGGCUUCGAACGACAUUGUCCUGUAUUUAAAAAAAAAAAAAAAAAAAAAAAAAAUCUGAGAUCUAGAAAGUUGUG